AUGGGCAACUCGAAGACUCCGGGGAUGUCGACGAUCCGCGUCGACGACGCGUUCGACGUCAAGCACAUGGAGGUGUCGCUCACCGCGUCGCACCGCCGCAUCGGAGCGCUCAACGUCUUCCUCUCGACGGCCGACGCCGGCGGCACGCCCGACGGCUCCGUCGUGCUCAAGUCGCGCGGUCUCGGCCGCCUGGGCAACGACAUGAUCGACGUCACCUUCUCCGACGCCGCGACGGCCUUCUUCCCGGAGCCCGAGGAGGCCGCGCCCUUCAGCGGCACGUGGAUGCCGUCCGAGUCCUUCUUCAGCCUCACCGACGGCGACAGCCAGGAGGCCGGCAAGGGCGGAUCGAAGGGCGCGUGGACGCUCCACCUCGACGACGUGGCGCCGAACGCGGACAAGCGGACCAUCUUCCUGCGCACGUGGUCCCUCAAGCUCUGCCCCGAGGAGCCGCCCGAGACCGCCAACGACGCGGGCGCGAACGACGCGGGCGCGAACGCCGCGGGCGCGGGCGCGGGCGAGCCCGCCGUCGAGGCGCAGUCGGGUCCGUGGCGGCCCGGGUCGGUGAUCGGCGGCGGCGGCUUCCCGGGCACCGUCCUGCCGGGCACCGUCCUGCCGGGCACCGUCGCGCAGGGCCUCGCCUCCGAGCCGUUCGAGGACAUGCACGAGAUAGCGUCGCGCGCCAUCCUGCUGUACCUGUACGGCGCGUCGGCGACCGAGUUCCACGUCGCGCUGCUGGACCGCGCCCUGGAGCGCAGCGUGUUCGUGCUCAAGGACGUCAUGGGCCUCCCGCCGCUGCACCCGACGGUCGCGGCCCUCAGCGCGGCCAAGGACCACCUCGACGCCUUCAUCGACACCGUGUCGGUGCGCGAGCCGCUCAAGGACCGCCUGACGGGCGCGCUGGGCCUGCCCGGCCUGCCCGACCUGGGCGGCGUGCUCGGGAACCUCGCGGGCCUCGACCUGCCGGGGCUCGGGGACUUCUUCCAGGGCGCGGGCGUGCUGUCGGGCCUCUCGAGCGGCCUCCUGCCGUCGCUCUUCUCGGGCCUGACGCUCUAG